AGUUCCAUUACGCAAGAUACGUGUAGUUGUUAUAUUGGGUUGCUUGCUUAGUUUUCUUCUAUACUUUUUCAGGAAAGGGCACAUUUUUCUCGUUAUUUAAUUCAAAUAUACCUUAAGGUCGAUUGUUUGCCUAAACCAGAUACAUUAAGGGGGUAUAAACAGAUAAACAAACUAAAACUAAAAUUGUUUCUACUGCAUAUGCCUUUGACGUAAGCCACCAGCGCGGGAGUUCUUCGUCAUUCAGUCCUUCUUUUUGCAGUGUUCUGAGUUUUAUGGUUCCGACCACUUCGAUUUGCAUCGUUAUAACGUACCAAUAUCAUUGUAAUGGGACUUGAAGAUUCUAGUUCUUCCAAGCCAACCACUAUUGCUUCAUCUCUCAGGCAUGGCACCUAAAAUGAGAACCCGUGGAACCACAAGAACACUACAAUCCAGCAACGAUGAAGAGACAAAAACUAAUGCCCACAGUGAGGACUCCCCAUUGGAGGUUGGUCAGGCAGUCAGGGGGAAGAGGAAAGGGACUGGAAAACAGGAGAGUUCAAAGGCAAAAAAAUCCCCUGUACAACCACAGUAUUGUCACUGGCUGAUGAAGUCAGAGCCAGAGAGCCGCUUGGAAAAUGGCAUAGAUGUCAAGUUUGGGAUCGAGGAUCUGAAGACUCUUCCCAACCAAACUGGGUGUUGGGAUGGUGUUCGGAACUACCAAGCCCGUAACUUCAUGCGAGACAUGAAAGAGGGGCAGCAUGCAUUCUUCUACCACAGCAACUGCAAGGAGCCUGGAAUAGCUGGAGUUAUGAAGAUUGUAAAGGAGUCCUAUGUGGACCACACUCAGUUUGACAAGAAAGAUGUCCAUUACGACGCCUCCAGCAAGGCAGACAACCCCAAAUGGAGUAUGGUUGAUGUCCAGUUUGAGAGGAUGUUGAAGCGCUUCAUUCCUCUGUCUGAGUUGAAGAAGAUCCACCUGCAGCACAAGGCCAAAGGCGGGUCCCUGAAUGGCAUGGCUCUCUUCACCAGGGCCAGGCUGUCUGUCCAGCCCCUCACCAGUGAGGAAUUUGAAUUUGUCCUGAGUUUGGAGGACAAUGACCCACUGUGAAGAUUUUGACAAGAUGACCUGGAGAAGUUUUCCUGUCUUGUGUAUGAUGAUGCUGAUAAUGUUUACUGUAGGUGAGAUCUAUUGAACCAUUAUGCUUGUAUUAAAUGAAAAUUGUCUCAAGGUUUCUGUGUUUGUCAAGAGACAGCCUGGAGUUUAUUUCUAAUAUUAAAGAGGUAUUAUUGACAGUU